CUCUUUUCCUCGCGGAUGCGUGACUUUCUUGUCUCCUUACACUUUUGCCGUUACACGAUUUGCUUCGAUGUAGCAAUCCCCUCCUUCCGACAGUCGACGCUUGUUCGCGCGGCAAAUUGCUGCUUCGUUGCGUUUGAAAGUCAAGCCUCCGAUGGGUCGAACGUUCACUCACUCGGUCGGCCUAACCUUUUCUACAGUCUGCUGAUUUGCUUAACAAUUUGAGACUGACGACUCAUCGUUACAUAUGGGAAGCCUGCAGGAGAUGAUCCAAAAUCAGGGCGAUUUGGUGCGAAAACUUAAAAGCGCCAAAGCCGAUGCAGCCCAGAUACAAAAAGAAGUUUCAAAACUUCUAGAACUGAAAACUCAACUAAGUGACGAAAAUGUUGGUUCAAAAAAACAUUUACUUAAAACACCAAAGGGAACAAGAGACUAUAAUCCUGAACAAAUGGCACUACGAUUAUCCGUUAUGGAUAAAAUUGUCUCUAUUUUUAAGAAACAUGGAGCUGAAUCCAUAGAUACUCCAAUAUUUGAAUUGAAAGAUGUAUUAACAGGAAAAUAUGGAGAAGAUUCAAAACUUAUUUACGAUCUAAAAGAUCAGGGUGGAGAAAUUCUUGCUUUGAGAUAUGAUUUAACUGUGCCUUUUGCCAGAUAUUUAGCAAUGAAUAAAAUAACUAACAUUAAGAGAUACCACAUUGCUAAAGUAUAUAGAAGGGAUAAUCCUGCAAUGACAAAAGGACGGUACAGAGAAUUUUGUCAAUGUGAUUUUGAUAUUGCUGGACAAUAUGAUCCAAUGUUACCAGAUUCGGAAUGCUUACGCAUAAUUUAUGAGACAUUGAAAUCUCUAGAUUUAGAAUCUUUUAAUAUAAAAGUGAAUCACCGUUGCUUACUAGAUGGAAUAUUUGCAGCAUGUGGGGUUCCUCAAGAAAAAUUUAGAAAUAUAUGCUCGUCUGUUGACAAACUCGAUAAGACUCCAUGGGAAGAGGUACGAAAAGAAAUGACUGGAGAAAAAGAAUUGAAAGAAAGUGUAGCUGACAGAAUUGGUACCUAUGUAUCGCAAAAUGGAGGUAAAAAUCUUAUUGAAGAAUUGAGAAAAAAUGAAGAGCUAAUGAAGCAACCUUCCGCUGUACAAGGACUUGAUGCCAUGGAGCUUCUUUGGAAAUACUGUGAACUAUACCAAAUUUCGGAUAAAGUAACUUUUGAUCUUAGUUUAGCCCGAGGUCUUGACUACUACACAGGUGUUAUUUUUGAAGCAGUAUUAACUGGUGACAAUGUUGGCGUUGGUAGCAUUGCAGGCGGCGGUCGCUACGACAAUCUUGUCGGCAUGUUCGAUGUCAAAAAUAGAAACGUCCCAUGCGUGGGAAUGUCUCUUGGGAUCGAGCGCAUCUUCAGUGUCCUGGAGAUGUCUAUAGCUAAUCGAGGCAAGAAAACACGCACGACCGAAGUUGAGGUCUACGUUGCUACGGCCCAGAAAAACCUCCACGAAGAGAGAAUACGCAUCCUAACUGAACUUUGGGAGGCGAACAUCAAAGCCGAACAAUCAUACAAGAAAAAUCCGAAACUUCUCGUGCAAUUGCAACAUUGUGAAGAUCAUGGCAUACCACUAGCAAUUAUCAUUGGUGAGGGUGAACUCAAAAGGGGUGAGGUCACACUUCGAACUGUGAAAUCAAGGGAAGAGACUACAGUGCCUAGAGAAAAUCUUGUUGAAGAAUUAAAAAACCGAAUUAGCAGUCUUGAAUUAAGCGCUGAAUACUAAAUAAUUUCUUAAUUACCAUUGACACUUCUUAGAUACAUAAACUACGGACAUUUUUAAAACUUUUUUCAAAACCGC